CCUAGUUUAGCGGUUACGUUUGGGCAGUCCCGUCCAGAACCGCUAUAGUUUUGCCCGUUUUGUGCAAAGUUUCGGGCCUGCAUUUCAGAAAAACCCAGCAGCGGCCGCCCAUGGCAGCCAUGAUGAAUAUUAAAUCCUCUGCUGUGAUGUUUACUAUGAAGGAAAACAGGCUUCCUUUAAGUGCACAGCAAUUGAAAUCGAGUUUGAAAGUGGAAGGUUUGUCUGGACUAUAGGGAGAGUCAGCUUACGUUUCCUUUUUGUCUAUUCAGCUUCAGCCAUAACAAUUUAAGAACAGCGGAGGAUACUGUAACACUACAUUGGCCUCUAAGGUGACCUGAUCUGAUAAUUAAAGCCUCUGGAACCUCCUCCCACAGCUAGAAAGGUCACAUCUCAGCAAAAACAUGGACCCAUCUACUCGGGUUGUGGGCCUGGACGCCCAGGGGAACAUGGUUUUCACCGUGGUGAAACCCGUAAUGGGCAUCUUCCAGGUGGCUUCUGAACAAACUGGCAAUGUGGCACAUGGCAGCAUGGGGCUCCAGAGUUUAUCUGAAAACACAUUAAUUCUCCCUCAAGUGCAGGGCCAGCUUGACCAGAACCAGAUGGAAAUGCACACCUUGCAGCCUCAUAUUCAGAUGCCUCAGAUGCAGGUUUCUGCCCCAGAGCAGACUGAGGUUGUGCCCCAGAAUCAGGACCUGCCUCCAAACUCGAGCACAAAUCCAGAGUCUGCCACCCACAUGCCUUUCGCUGAGGUGUCGUCACUUCUGGAUCCCAACAUGAAAGGAUCUAAGGCUCGGAAAUAUCUCAUCUCGUAUGAUGAAAUCAAGCGGCGCCUGCAGGCCCCGGAGAAGAUGUCGCUGCGCUCCCUGGCAGCCUACACUCGGGUCAGCAGAGGCCCGGCCAGCAAGAAAACCCUGCUGGAGUCACUGAAUGUUCUCGGCCUCACGCCAAGCACAACUACCUCUGUUUCUUCCUCUUUCUCCAAACUCACUGAAGGCGACACCCAAGCUUUGUGUGACGAUAUGAAGGACUUUGCCCAUGACUACAUCGACUACAGCAACAUGGCUAAGCAGCUCAUCCCUGAGACCAACACAGUUCAACACUGGUCCAAAAUUAUUGAAACUAAGAACCAUCUGGAGGAUAUGAGGAAAUGCUUCAUGGAGCCGGUGAACAGCGGUGCUUUUGACAACGUCACUCACGGCCUGGGUCUAGGGAUGCUGGACGCAGCGCUGGACAUGAUCAUUAUGGUUAUCGAGCAGCAGAUUCGGAUCUUGUCUGGUGCAGCGGCCUCAGACCCAGCUGACUCCGCUCUGCCAAUGCGUCGUAUCCGCAGGCGCCACCGAAAAACCCGCCCGACUGACAUUGAUUCCCCUCACAAGGCGUCGGCUGGGGUCAAAGAGCAAGGGAAGUCAUUUCGAAGGGCAAGGCUCGAGGCAAAGCCCGGAAGAAGACAAGUCAGGAAAGUGCCGCUGCGGUUCCUAUGGAAACCCAAGCGGAGCAGUGCAAGCCGGAUGACGUGCAGAGUAAUGUCCUCACUCUGGUGUCUGUUGGAUAUGAGACGGUCUCCAGUGGGCUCAAUACAACAGGGACAGUUUGACACGUAGUCUCAUGACCAGUCCAAAGAACCAAUCAUAGUCCCCGGGAGGAAACACGGGCUCUGCACACAGUGACCAUCUGUGGAGGAGAUAAGGCGGGCUCAGCAUCAACGUAUUGUGUCACAUCUUGCAGAGAGACUUAAAGGAGUUGGAUACUUUUGGAAAUACUCUAGCUUUCUUGCAGAGGUUAGAUAAGAAGAUUUGUACCACUCUCUUGUCUGUCCGUACUCUAAAUAUGUAGUUGGAAGUGGUUAGCUUUAAAAGAAGUCUGGAAACAGGUGAAAACACUUAGUCUGUUUGUGACAAAAUUAUCAAAACCCACCUGCUAGCAACUGAAUUUCACACCAAUUAACCCCUUACAUCUUAUGUGUAAUAACUACACGCUCAGAUCUGAAGUGUAAGUAGUGGUUCUAUGGUCUGGUAAUAUGUUUUCUAUACUUUCUUUGUACAGAUUAAGUCUAUGUGAGCUUUAGAAGUUCAGAUUUCACUUCAUUUGGACAGAGCUAGGCUAGCCGUUUCCCCUCUUCAUGCUACGGAAAGAUAACAAGCUGCUACUACAUAUUUCAUUUACAUAAAUGAAAGUGGUUUUGAUCUUCUGGUCUAACUCUUGGUCAGGACCGGACUGGGAUCAUAAUUCAGACAUCAACCCGGGCCAAUCCUCACAUUUUCACUAUUUCAGUAAAAUAUAUAUUUUAUUUGUUCUUUUGCUACUAAAGAAAAAUCAGCCAAAAACCAACAACGUUAUAGACACGUUCACUUUCAAAUAAUCUACUGCACUUCAAUAAUCAAGGCAUCAGGAAUAAUAUGAAUUAUUUUUGAGCAUCUUUUAGUGUUUAUUUGACACUAUGCUUUUCCCUAGAGCUCUGAUUGGACGUGUUGACGUCAUGAAACUCUGCUGAUGGAGGCCCUGCAUAGCAGUGAUGUGUGGAAGCUGUUUGUGAAUUAAAGGAGACACAGAAUCAACUGGGGAGAGGAGUUGGAACAUCAUAGUGUGCUAAAGCGUCUCUGCUAGCAUAUCUUUUUUAAUACUAUCUCACUAUUACAUUUAACACUAAUGUCUCUAGCUUAUGAGAACAUUGUUUCCACUUUACAAUAAGACUACCAUUGUAAAAGGUUAAGGAAUAGUUUGUAAUUUAUUAAUUAGGUUGUGAUUACUUUAUACAUCAUUAAUAAGCUUUUAUAAGAUGAGAGAUAAACAGGGCAACUGUGACCGGUUGCUUGCCAAAUAGGAAGCCCACAUUUAUCUGUAUUCCUAAGCCUAAUAUUGGUUACUUAGCUAACUCAAUCAGCUAGCAUCCUUGGUAUCUGCUGUACAUUGAGUUGAUUCUCCCCCCUUCCAUCUUGAUGUUUCUUGCCAUCUCUUAUGAUGGGGGGAGAAUCGACUCAGUGAACAGCAUGCUAGCCGAUGAAGCUAAGCUAAGUAGCCAUUAUAAGGCUUAGUCAUCUUGCCAAAUAGUGAGCCUGUGUUGAUGUAUGAAAACUAUGUUACAACUGGUUUCUAAAUGGUUCUUAAUGACUAAUAAAGUGUUUACAACCUAAUUAAUAACCUAAUUAUAAAGCCUUUAUGAAUGCUUUAUAAGGGUAGUCUUAUUGUAAUGUGGUACCAGAACAUUUUGCAGUAUAAGCUGCACUUUUCUUUAAUAUUUUAUUCUCAUUUACAUACAAAAGGAAAUGGGUUAAUCAAUAGCACAUUUGCCAAAACGCAGAUCCGUCUCUUCAGGUGAAUCCUCUGUUUCUGUAGUAGCAUGUUUCAUAUGUGUGUAUUCUAACUGAAUCCAGUUAUCUUUUUUUUGUUUUGAGUGGGACAAAAUCCCACGGAUGUAUGAAGACAUGUUGAACCCUGCCUGUGCUCUGGUGUGCAGCUCCUGAUGGAGAACAGAUAGAACCAGAGGCCUGGAUUAUAUUUUCUGAUGGUGGUUCAAUGUGUCCCUGUUGCAUUUCCAAUUGAACAUCUUUCGUUCUGUACUAGAUUGUUGAAAUAACCUUUGUUACUGGAAUCUCAGGAUUUGAGUAAAAUAUAAAGAUUGGAUUUUUAUAACAAA